GGCACUUCUUUGGGUUUGUAAUCUACUGCGUAUCAGACAAGGGAAGUCACUCUGUUGUUAUUACCUACUGUCAACAAAGGUGACUAAUUAGUAGUCACAGUUCAGGUGUUUUAACAGAAAUUUAAGAGUGAAAUAAUGGAAGCAAAUGACACAAGCUCACUUUGACGUUUCCUUCAUUUAUUCAGCUAGAUAAAUUCUACACCAAGAAGUUUGAGACUGUGAAAGGAGAAAUUAACAUUCUUUUGGAUUAGACAAUGGCGGGUGGUGUCUUUCAUGUACAGUUUGGCUUUAAUGAUACAGCAUUAACUCGAGCAUUGGAGUCGGGAAAUUAUGUGCUGUCAGAAAGAUUGAUUAGAGAUACAACCAAUCCAUCGUCUCUUGAUGAAGGAUGUUACCAGAGAACACCCCUGUACAUCUGUCUGUGUGGUUUAGAUGUUGAGGAAACACGACCAAGACCAAGGAAUCUGUACCUGGCCAGGUUGCUUAUAGAGAGAGGAGCCAAUGUUAACUAUAGGGUACCUACAACUUACUUUGGAAGUGAAUACAGUGGACCAGGAAAGACACCAUUGGAGUUACUUGUGGAUUUCUACAUUGAACUUACCAGUUUACAAAGUCACGAACCUUGGUCAGUGUACCAGAGUUGGGACCCUCAAGUUGACCCAGUAGUCGGCAUCAACAAACAGUAUCUUACCUCACGAGAUGAUGUUAUAGAACAUGUAGAAGAUCUGGUCUUUAUCAUUUUAGGUGCUGGUGGAGAUGCUUGUAUACAAGAUGAAGGGAGAAAAACUCCGCUGCACAAACUCGGGGUGCUCAGUCAUGACGUGAGGUUGUUCAAACUUCUCUGUGAGAACGGUGCUAAUAUAAAUGCCAUAGACUGCCGUGGAAAUUCUCCACUUCUAUCUCUGUGUGAUCUGUCGGCGUCGGAGAUGUAUGAUUACAUGGAGGAUUUAUCACCAUGCAGCAAUGAUACGUUAGAAGAUACGAGUGCUAGUCUGUGUGUGAAGAGAGAUUUCUUUGAUUAUUUAUUGAAACAGAAGGAUAUAAAGGUAAACAUACAGAAUUCCACUGGUCAUACAGCACUAUUCCACUGUGUUAUACGAGGGGAUGUAAAUGCUGCUCAGACCAUACUUCUAAAAGGUGCUGACCCUUCCAUUAGAGGUACAGUGUGGGAAACAAGAAAGAGAAAAAGGAGGAUAUCUCCAAUUUUUGCAACAUUCCUGUCUAUACCUCUACAGCGUAGUAUCAACUGGCAGAACAUGCAUAGUAGCAUUGUCACAGCACCCAGACAGUAUUCACAUCUUGUUGAUUCAGGUUACUUUUCAAGGAAGGAGAUUACAGAUGAGAUUCAUGGAAUGUUGAAUGGAGAGUUUUCAGAGUUUUCUCACCUGUCCAACAUCAGCAGCAAUCUCGUUAACCUCAUGUUCGGUCAGACAUCGGCUAGCCUUAAACAGCUUGCGGCAAGAUCACUUUUCCACAAGUGCUUCAUUAAACACAGAACAUGUAUAUCAAAAUUACUUCCAGUGAAUGUGAUACAGAAAAGUGUUGUGCAUGAAACAGAUCUGCAUCCAUAUGAAGAUUACAUUGGGUUUAUACUAAAUAAAACUGUUCUACAAACUUUUGUAAAACGUUUAGGGCUUCCAAGAGAUUUUUUAAUGAAUUUUGAGGUCGAGUUGUUGCUUCAUCGAAUUGCUCACAAGAUGUCACACAUGAAAGCAAUGCCACCAGAAAAUAUAUUUUGUGACAGUGACGGAAGCUUGUCUGAUAUAUCGGACUCGGAAUCAACAGGGUUUAGUGAGGAAGGCGGCGACUCGGACCUGGAAUACUGGUGAUGCUGUAUAUUCUUGUAGUCUUUCAUAAUAUGGGUAAAAUUCUUAGCCUAGAUCUAAAGAUAUUCAAAGGCCUAUUGUUUAGAUUGAGAAAGCUUUUAAUAGUUGUACUUAGUAGCAAAACUAUUUUAAAUAGUUAGUAGUAAUGAUAUUCAAAGUGUUGCUAAACAGUUUAAUGAACACGUAUUUUGUUGGCAUAUUGAUCUGUUGAUUUUAAUUUCAGAAUAUAAAAACAAGUAUGUGGAAAUUUUACCUGCAAAUUAGGAUUUAAUUUUCUGGAUUGACUAGAGCACAAAAUACAUGAAAAUUAAUCCUCUAGGGGUAUUAAUGACUUUACAGUAUCUCCGAUUAAUUGUUUCUGAAGUUUUCUUAAGAUAGUUGUAGCUGAGAGCUGCCUUUCAUAGAUUGUGUAUUGUCAUCAAGUGACUUUUGCAUCUAAUUUCUCUGAGUAGAAGUUUAAUCUGUAUUUUAUUUUAAUUCCUGGUUUAUUCUAGAUCAGAUCUGUGUAAACUUGAUGAAAAUUUUAUAACAUCUAAUAACUGUUGAUAUAAAAUGUGCAUACUAAGUAGUAACACAAAAUUUUACAGAUAUUAAGAAAAGUAAUUGAUUUGAACCGUGGAUAUUUAUUGUUAAGGUAGUAACGGAUAUUGGUAUCUGUACCAUACCAGAGCGGAUAGGUCAUGGGGUGGGACUGUAAUGAGCACAAAUGUUGCCAUUUAUUUGUGGCUUGAUUCACAUUAUUGUAUUCCAUAUCCAGGCUUUGUUCCAAGUUUUAUGAAUAUAAGUUGUUACAGUAUCACUUUCAGCAAAGUUCAAAAUGAUAAUGUAGAACAUGAACUGCUACUAACAUUAGUCUGCUAAAUUUCUAAAAUGGACUGGUCUAUCAUUUAGUUUGGACAGUAUCAUUUUUUAUUCGAAGGUGUAUCCAUUGAAAAUUUACUGACUGAAUAGCAACCGGAGCAGACCAAAAUCUUGGCUGAUCAUGUUAUGCACUGUUUACAAGGGCAGAAUAAGCAGGCUAACGGUUAAAAUGCCUCAGUGAUGUUUCUUUCCUUUCAAGUAAUUGAGGAAGCUUGCUAGAUGGUAAUUUUUUCAGUUUUGCUCACUGGAACAUGUCUUUUUUUACAUUUUUCAAAAUAGCUUUGAAUUUGGCAUUGGUGCUUCAUUAAUUUGAUGUUUGCUUGCUGUUACAUUACUGGUAUUUUAUGUAUUGAAGUGUUGUAUUAGAAAAAAUGCUAAGUUUUGAGGGGGCGGAUGGGGGGUGUUAUUCAGUAAGAAAUCUUUUUGAGUGAUGGGAGAGGUGUAAAUUAAGGGGGAAAAAAUGAACAAUCAUGAACCUUUACGCAAUAAAGCAGUUUUUAGCUCGACUAUUUGAAGAAUAGGGGAGCUAUCCUACUCACCCCGGCGUUGGCGUUGGCAUUACUGUUAGCAUUAGCAUGAGCGUCACACAAAUGUUAAAGUUCGCGUACCACCCCAAAUAUUUUCAAAGUCCAUUGAGAUAUUGCUUUCAUAUUUCGCAUAGUUGUCAGGGUUCGCACAGACUUGAAAACUCCUUGAAUUUCAAGCUGCUAGAUGAAAAGUGCUUGAAUUUGCAAAAACCUCCUUAAAACUCCUUGAAUUCGUUUCUUGCCUUGAAAACUGCUUGAAAAGUGCUUGAUUUUAUAAUAAAAGUCCUUGAAUUUCCUUCUUCAGAAAUUUUGGUCAGCUUAAUAAAAAAAGAUCGUAAAAGAAGCUUUGUUAUAUGUACGCAUUGCCACGUUUUAUGUCUACGUAACCUAUGUGUACCGUACGAUACGGGCUUUAAACAGACCGGGACUAGGAAAAUUACGACGAGUAAAAAUUACGGACACCAUUUCCGUUACCGAUAUCGAAGAAAAUGUCGUUUAUUUUCAACAAAAAGUGGCUUGUAUCCUAUCCAUGGCUGCUGGAGCUCGAAAACAAACGGAAAGCCAUAUGCAAAUAUUGUAACAAAGUUAUUGACAUUAGUUCAAUGGGUGAAAUCGGCGCUGAAAUCGCAUGUCAAGUCUGAGAAGCACAAGAAAAAUGUACCUGAUCGAGAGUCACCCACGGCCACUCUUGAUGUGUUUACUAUUCUACCUUCGCCCCCAGCAGCCAGAGGCACCUAAAACUUGAUCUUAUAUGACAUGAUAAGUCGCUGUUGAUGUAAGAAGUGUUGAUCAAUUGUUUGCCAGUUAUUUUGUGUGUGAUAAAGUGUUGAUCAAUUGCAAAUUGGAACUUUAUAGAAAAACUUAUAUCACGUGAUAGUAAUUUUGGAUGUACGAAGUGUUCACCAAUUGUAAGCCAGUCAUUUCGUGUGUAAUAAGUGCUUGUUCAUUGUUUUGCUUAUCCUUGAAAACGUAAUAAAUGUCCUUGAAAACUCCUUGAAAACCCCUUGAAUUUUUUGACAGUCUGGUUGUAUGAACCGUGGUUGUUUACCAUCAUGACCCCAGUCUGUAAACCUGAGUAGACAACUCUAUCAAGCAUUUUGAAUAAACUAUGGCCCGUUUUCGACUAAGAAUAUGCUUAUUGCAAUGUUAAAGUUUGCGUACCACCCCAAAUAUUUUCAAAGUCCAUUGAGGUAUUGCUUUCAUAUUUUGCAUACUUGUUUACCAUCAUGACUCCAGUCUGUAAAAAGGAGGAGACAAGUCUAUCAAGCAUUUUGACUGAAUUAUGGCCCCUUUUCGACUUAGAAUAUGCUUAGUGUAAUGUUAAAGUUUUACACAUAGCUUAUAUUAUACUAUCAAGCACUGAGAAUAGUCAAGCGCGCUGUCAGCUGACAGCUCUUGUUUUUGUUUGUUUUUUAGUUUUUUGUCAAUAAGUUUUGAUUUGAUCAAAAUUUGGGAUUGUUUGACUCACUCAGUUGGAAUAGAUUACUCCUAGUCUUUACAGAUAAACAUGAGCAAUUCUUGUACCAUGUUUAAAAGGUCUUCUUAGAUAGGUUUUGCUGUAUACGUUUAUUUUGUUCAACAUUUAACAUUUUCCAUUUCAAUCAAUCAAUCAUUCAUUUAUUCAGUCAUUCAUUCAGUCAGUCAUUCAUAUAUGAAAAGUUGCUUCCAUGACACUAAUACAAUGAAAAAGUAUUAUAUUGUUCACUUGUUUAUGUUUAAUUCAUUUAAAUGCAGAUACUUACUUUCUAAGGUCUAGUAGAUACCGUAUUCAGAAGUAUGGUUUUGAGCUAAGAGUGUAGUGUGAAA